UCCACAAAAUCACUUCUUCCUCUUCUUCUUGUUCUUCUUCUUCGCCUCUCUCUCUCUCUCUCUCUCUCUCUCUCUCUCUCAAUUCUAACAUGGGAUUCGAAGCAUCGAUCUCUGCCACCAACCCAUCUCUCUUCAAUCCCACCUUCUUCAAUUUCAGUGCAGAAAUACACACAUCUUCCAAAAUCCCAGCCAUACCCUCUUCAUAUCUCACGUUGCGCUCUAACCACCCUCAUUCCUUUUAUAAUCCAAGAAAAUCACCACCACCAACAACAAUAGCAAGCGCCUUCAGUCCUCGCACCAUCCUCUACAAAACCCAACUCCGAGCGAGUAGUGUGGCCAAUGCUCAGAUUGAGGAGGAGCAAGUUGGGGUUAAAGUGGAGGAGCAAGUUGAAGCUGAAGUAGCUAAAGGGUAUACCAUGACUCAGUUUUGCGAUAAGAUUAUUGAUUUAUUCUUGAAUGAGAAACCCAAGACAAAAGAGUGGAGGAAGUAUUUGGUGUUUAGAGAGGAGUGGAAGAAAUACAGGGAUAGCUUCUACAAGCGAUGUCAAUCACGCGCCAAAGCUGAAAAUGAUUCCCAGAUGAAGCAGAAAUUAAUUGGACUAUCAGGAAAAGUAAAGAAGAUUGAUGAUGAAAUGGAAAGACAUUCAGAACUUCUUAAAGAGUUACAGGACAGCCCUACAGAUGUUAAUGCAAUAGUUACACAGCGGCGCAAAGACUUCACAGAAGAUUUUUUCCGUUACCUCACUCUACUUUCAGAGACAAAUGAUAGCUUGGAGGACCGUGAUGCGGUGGCCAGACUUGGGGCUAGAUGCUUGUCUGCAGUCUCUGCCUUUGAUAAUACACUAGAAAUAGUUGACACAUUGGAUACCGCCCAAGCCAAAUUUGAUGACAUCCUGAGCUCUCCAUCCAUGGAUGUGGCAUGUGAGAAGAUUAAAAGUCUUGCCAAGGGAAAGGCACUUGACUCCUCUUUGAUUUUAAUGAUAAACAGUGCUUGGGCUGCAGCAAAGGAGUCCUCCACCAUGAGUAAUGAGGUCAAAGACAUAAUGUAUCAGUUGUACAAAGCUACAAAGAGCAGUCUAAGGAGCAUUGUGCCCAAAGAGAUAAAGCUACUGAAGUACUUGCUGAACAUCACCGAUCCUGAAGAGAGAUUCUCGGCAAUGGCUACUGCUUUCUGCCCUGGAGAUGAACGCGAUGUGAAGGACCAAGAUGUUAUAUACACAACUCCCAAGGAGCUGCACAAGUGGGUUAAGAUCAUGCUUGAUGCAUACCAUCUCAAUAAAGAAGAGACUGAUAUUAGGGAAGCCAAGCGGAUGUCCCAACCUAUUGUCAUGCAAAGGCUCUUUAUCAUCAUGGAAACAAUUGAAGAGGAGUACUUAGCAAAAGGCGUUAAAACAGAAGAUGACUCAGAGUCCGAGGAAUUGUAAAGGUACUGAUGUCACUCUUAUAUCUAUCUCAUUCACAACUACUAUGUACUACGGUUGGAAUUGUAAUCUUGUAAAGAAUUCCUAAAUUGUGAAGUGUGAAGCCCUUGACCCAAAGAAAUCUAUGUCCUGGGCUGUGAAGGCAGUCCUGUACCCACUAUGGAGGGUGAGAAGAGAACAUUGGCGUCGGUAUUGGGUUGGCAUGGUAUGGUGUAUCCUCAUCAUUUCCUCGUUUAUACUUCAUUAAGCGGGCAUUGGUAUCUACUCCGUAGAGUUUUGGCUCGAUGGAAUGCCAUGACACAUAAUCAGAAGAAGAGUACGGCACAUCACAGUCGGGUUGGAUUGGUUGUGGUGUAUGUAUGUUAAGGGAGCAAAGUCCAUACCAUGUGUAGUCAAAAUUGGAUUGUACAAUCUAUUUGCCGUUUAGUCCAGUACUAAACAGGCUUUACAAUUGCGGCAAGCAUAGAGAUGACAUCAUUAGAAAGAAUUGUCCAUGAGAAUAACGUGGCGAUCCCAAUUUUUGCAAUUUAUAGUUUUUUCGCGUCCUGAUGUUUUACUUCAGGGUUCCAA